UCCUCCUCGGUGCGCUUGAAAGCCUACCAACAUGGAGUUGAAACGCCAAAAUGCUCGGCGAGCUGGUCUCCUACUUUGCCUAGCUUUCGCUCCAGCGCUGUAUGCGUUUGUUGGGACCAGGUGCGAACCUGGAGGUCUGUCACGUGGCCGAUGGCUGCGGGCUGAAGAAAAGCAGACAGGUCACCAAGUGAAAAAUGCUGGAAACUUCAAGAUGGAUCCAGAGGAGAUGGCCUUGCAGGAUCGUGUCCGCGCACACCAAGAGGCCGCCCCGAAGCUGGACGCGGCGACAGAGGUUCGAAGCUUGGUGCAGUACAACCACGGCUUCGCAGUCAUGAGCACGAACAGUGCCUCGAUGCCGGGCUACCCUGGUGGCUCGGUGGUGGGCUUCGCAGUGGACGACGUGGGGCGACCACUCUUCUCCUUCAGCUCGAUGUCCAGCCACACACAGGACUUGAUCAAGGACCAACGCUGUUCAUUGACAGUGGCCUCGAAGGAGUUCAAGGGCGCCGCAGAUGGGCGUGUGAACCUGCUUGGGGAGGCGGUGCCACUGGAGUCAGAAGAGGAGAUCGCCGAAGCGAAGAAGCUUUACCUGGCGAAGCACCCCAAGGCUUUCUGGGUCGAGUUUGGCGACUUUACCUGGUAUCGCAUGGAGGUGCAGAACGUCCGCUUUGUGGGCGGCUUCGCACGGGCAGGGACGGUGACUGCUGAGGCCUAUGCCUCAGCUGCACCUGACCCCAUCGCUGGCUUUGGGCCUGCAGUGGCCGGUCACAUGAACGACGACCAUCGGGAGGCCACCAUUGCCAUGAUCAGGAAGUUCAUUGGAAUCGAGGUGGAGGAUGCGGAGAUUACCUCCAUGGAUAGUCUGGGCAUGCACGUGAAGGUCUCACGAAAGCCGAAGGCUGCGGACCAGAUGCAGCAGUUUAAGCUCCGCCUGCCUUUCGCACGAAAGUUGGAGACUCGCAAGGAUGCCAAGGAGGUUAUCGUAGAGAUGACGCGUGAGAGCUCUGAGUUUAUGCCAUCAAAAGCUGAGGCAUGAGUCAAGCUAGGCAAGCGGCUUUAUAUUUGCAGCUGCUAUAUAGUGCCGCUUUGUUCAUUGAGGGAAAAAGACUGCCAAACUGCCAAUAGUUGUGGUGAUCCCACGGACUUCCGCUCGCUGUAAGCGGAAGGGUUAUUGCUGGUGAGCCUGAGAUGCCGCCUGUGGCCACACCCGGUGGCAAGUUUUCGCAAGAAAGACCUGCAAUCUUCGACUGGAGACUGGAUUGUACAGUCGUGAACCACGCUCUCCGUC